GUCCGAGUGGCCGAAAUAUUUCUCAUCAUGAGCGUUGCGGAAGAAUUCUUUGUCCGUACAAGCUUCAAAUGAAAUGAGAACGGGCAUUAGAUGUACCGCAUGCUUAGGCUGAGACCCAAUUCCAUGGCAGAAAACGCGAAGGGAGGUUAGCGUUUGGCAUUCACCCACCAAAGCUAAGUCCAUUAAGUCCGGCCCCAUGCGGCUGCCGCAAUCACCUUCUUUUUCGUUGUUCGCGAUUCCCUCCCUUAACCCCGGCCCGUGAGGGAGAGAUCGUUAAAGUUCAACUUCAUCCUCCCUUGCAGGAGACAUUCCCAUUCAGCAAGUUCUGCACACAGCAAGAUAAUCCCAACACCCACCAGACAUGGCUCAGAAAUAUGCCAAAGACCAGCCUGCUGGCUUCACUAAUUUCAUCGAGAGAAUUGCUAUUGUCGGAAUUGGUGGCCGAAUAGGGAGUCACAUCGCUGAGGAGCUCGUCAAGACCGGCAAGCAUAAAGUCACAGCUCUGGUCAGAGGAGAGUCCAAUGCAACAGUCCCGAAAAGCAUUCAUGCAGCUGCGAUCAAUUACGAGGAUGAAACUUCGAUCGUCUCCGCUCUCCGGGGCCAGCAAUUCCUGAUUAUCACUCUCGCAGUCACCGCGCCUCCCGACACACAGAGCAAGCUCUUGAAAGCUGCUGCUCAGGCUGGUGUUCCUUAUGUCAUGCCCAACGUCUACGGUGGUGACAUCCUCAACAACUCCCUUCAGGCUGAAGCAAUGUAUGAUUCUCGCCCCAAAAUCGCUGAGAUUGAAAGCUUGGGUCUUAGCUGGGUGGUCCUUGUUUGUGGCUUCUGGUACGAGUGGAGUCUGGCGUUGGGUCCGUUUUGGUUCGGAUUUGAUUUCGCCAAUAAGAAGGUGACUUUCUUCGAUGAUGGCAAGACACCCAUCAAUGUCAGCACUUGGCCACAGUGUGGCCGUGCCGUUGCUGGAUUAUUGAGUUUGAAAGAGCUUCCCGAGGACGAGAACGACAAGUCACCAACCGUGUCAGGAUGGAGGAACAAGCCGUUGUACAUCACGAGCUUCAAGGCUAGCCAACGUGAUAUGCUGGAUAGCAUUCACCGCCUCACGGGCUCGUCCGAUAAGGACUGGGAGAUUGAAUAUGAGCCAAGCUUGGAUAGAUACGAGCAUGGGAAGGCAGAAAUGCAGAAAGGACUGAGAACUGGCUUUGCGAAAGCCAUGUAUGCGCGCGUAUUCUACCCGAAUGGUGAUGGUGACUUUGAAUCGAGUAGGGGCUUGGAUAAUGAAUUGGUCGGCUUGCAGAAGGAGGAAAUUGACAAAAUCACGAGAGGGACAUUGGAUAUGGUUGAGAGUGGGUGGAAUCCCUUCGCACAAGGAUUCCCUCAGACGACGCGUAGAUAGUGUCGCGUUGCGCAUGACUUUUGCUAAGUUAUGAAAAAGCCAUCUUUGAAAUUCCGGGCAUGCCGAGCAAGUUAUACAUAAAUUUAC